AUGUUUGCUCGGCAUAUGACAUCACUCCUUCAAAUAUUCCUCCUGCCUCUUCCCUCCCGUCCCCACAACCUCUGCUCAGCCCGCAGCAGCAGCAGCUCCUCCCGGCUGUGCUCUUUGUAGUUUAGCUGGAGCUAAGUUCCACGUCCGUACCGAAGCAGACGCGGGCAGUUAGCCGACACACACGCCGCUCCGUUACAGCUCCUCUCCCGGGGUUGUUGAAAAGGCGCCUUCUUCACUGGGCUUUCAGUGCGUGGAAACACGAGCGGGAGUGGAGAAGUGGACCGAGCUGAGUCGGGCGUGGUAUCUUAGGAGGAGAAAAUCCCCUCUUCACCGCCGUUAGCCAAACUUCCAGAAGUAGCAUCUCCAUCUUUAUCCACGAUGUCGCUGUCGGUGCCGCAGAACGGAGUGAAGGCGGACACAGAACCCGUUAUCGAGCUCUUUGUGAAGGCGGGAACCGAUGGAGAGAGCAUCGGGAACUGUCCCUUCUCUCAGAGACUCUUUAUGAUCCUGUGGCUCAAAGGAGUCGUCUUCAACGUCACCACCGUGGAUCUGAAGAGGAAACCGGCGGACCUCCAGAAUCUGGCUCCAGGCACUCACCCGCCCUUCAUCACCUUCAACGGCGAGGUCAAGACUGAUGUCAACAAGAUCGAGGAGUUCCUUGAGGACGUUCUCUGCCCACCAAAGUACAUCAAGCUCGGAGCUCGACACCCUGAGUCCAACACAGCUGGUAUGGACAUCUUUGCCAAAUUUUCUGCGUACAUCAAAAACUCCAAACCUGAUGCAAAUGAGGGUCUGGAGCGCGGCCUGCUGAAGACGCUGCAGAAGCUGGACGAGUAUCUGCGAUCCCCCCUGCCUGACGAGAUCGACCACAACAGCAUCGAGGACGUCAAAGUGUCCACUCGCAAGUUCUUGGACGGAGAUGAAAUGACUCUGGCUGACUGUAACCUGCUGCCGAAACUGCACAUAGUCAAGGUGGUGGCCAAGAAGUACAGAGGCUUCGACAUCCCCAAAGAGAUGACGUCCAUCUGGAAGUACCUGAACGUCGCCUACACACGGGAGGAGUUCACCAACACCUGCCCCAGUGACAAGGAGAUCGAGAUCGCUUACGCAGACGUAGCCAAGAGGCUGGUCAAAUAAGCUCCUCCUCCUUCCUCCUUCCCCCUCCCGCUCCUCCCCUACCUGCUCCUCCAGCCACUCCAUCACCUCCCUGUCUACGCUCCUCCCCUCUCACCCGUCGUCUCUCUCUGUAGCACCAGGACUGAUGUGCUCUUUCACAGAAAAUGAUAAACUUUGGACUUCAUCUAGAGUAACCUCCCAGCGCACCAAUCCUCAGCACUCGCUACUUCUUUUUUUUUUUUCCUCCUUGAAUUUCAGUCGUUGGUCCAGCAGAGGUCACAGCUGCUCCACCUUGAGUUGCCUUUGUUUCCUUUCAUUUACUGAUAAAUGUUGUCAGGAGUCAAACCCAAAACCCACGCCCUGAUAAGUGACCUUGAGACGUAGCUUCCCCGUGCGGAAAGGUCAUUAGGUGUCGUUCGUUAUCCUUAUUUGUUUUAUAUUAAAGUUGUUAUUACUUUGCAAUGAAAAUGAAUCACUGAGACGCUGUCUUUCCUUUUUUUUUUUCACGCUCGUUUCUUGACUUCCUCCUUGUUAAGAAUCCACGUAAACAGUGUUGUUAUUUUUUUUUUUUUUGGCUCAGUUUAAGUAGACGCUGAAGCGAAGCCUAACUCGAGUGGUUGACAUAUCAAGGAAAAGAUGCUUUAUAUUAAUGUUCAAAAAUAAUUCAAAAAUAAUUGUAACCACAGGUAGCGCUACCUGGUGUCCAUACUCUGAUUUCAUCAAUACGUGUUUCGUAGCUUAGCAACGUAGGACGUUAUCUGUAACAGCUGAAGAAGUAACAACUCAGGAAAAAUAUAUAUCCUGAGACGACAACGACGACAAAUACAGCGUGUAACUUAAUGUAGCUAAAACACAAGUCGGGGCGUGUGGACGGCCACUUUUCUACAUCACCAUGAAACCUUUUUUCAAGAAAACAUACAUUUGACGGCAGACCAAAACAGAGUGCCAGCGUGGAGUGCCAGACUCCGGGGUUUAAAGAAGGACAGGAACCACAGACGCAGUCAGUUCUCUCAGACCGUACACCAGUGUGAGGCACCGACACUGAAGAUAUUUGUGAUGAAACAAAUCAAGGAGCAUAUCAUUGAAAUAUACUGUGUAUGUGAUUGAUUGUCCCUCUCUUCAGUCAGUUAAGAGAUUGAUUCUGUUUUCUCCCAUUUGUUUUUUUUUUAAAUGAACUUAAUGGCUGAAAAAAAGAACACCAUCAGGACUUGUAAAUAUUUCUUUUUUUUUUUCAGAAGAAUGUGUAAAUUUUAUACAUGCCAUCUGAAUUAUUGAGGGAAACGAUCCAUUCGUUGGCUGCUUGGAUUUUAAUUCUUGGUUGUAAUCGACUGGCCUUACUUGUUUUCUCCCUGCAGAGGUUUUGUAGCAGGAAGUUAAUUAAUUCCUUCGCAGAUAAAUUCAUUUCAACAAAGGUGAUUUUCUGCAAAGAAUAUAUCCAAGCUACGUUGUGGCUUUUUUUUUUUUUUUUUAACUGACUGAAUUGAAAUAAAGACCUUAUUGGC